CACACACACACACACACUGACUGUUGCUCCCAUCUUUUGGAGCCGAUUUCAGAUCAUCGAUAAUUUUCUUGAAGGCGAAGGAAUUCUGGGUCAUCAUUAAAUUUCUUAAAGGUUUAUUGGCUGAGUUUGGUGGAUGGAUGAAUUUGUUGGACCUCGUUUAUACUGCUGCUGUAAAUGUCGGAAUCAGGUUUCACUUCACGACGACAUAAUUUGUAAAGCAUUUCAGGGAAGAAAUGGCCGAGCCUUUCUGUUUUCUCAUGCAAUGAAUAUUGUUCUUGGAGCCAAAGAAGAUAGGCAUCUCACGACUGGGCUUCACACAGUUGCUGACAUAUACUGUGGAGAUUGCCGUGAAAUGUUAGGCUGGAAAUAUGAACGUGCUUACGUGGCAUCCCAGAAGUACAAGGAAGGGAAGUUCAUACUCGAGAAGUCAAAAAUUGUUAAGGGGAGUUGGUAGUCUUUGUCUCAGUAACAUAAAGACAACAAUCUUCUGAUCCGGCACUUUCCUACUAUUUUGACGAUCUUGGGGAAUUGAUUUAUACUGAUAAGGAAUGUAUUGGAAGUCAAGAUAAUUUGAUGCCGAGAUUGUUACUCUAUCUUAACGCACCUGGAAUGAUGAAGUCAGGCCGCAUGAGAAAAUCUGCCAUUCCAGUUGGUAAGUACCUUCAGCUGAUUUAUAUUUUCACCCUAUGAAGUUGUUAUAUGGUGCAUCUUCUAGUGUUGGAUUUCAUGGUGUGCAUGGUAAAUUCACUCCCAUCAAAGUGCAACAAUAGUGUGUUAAGCCACUGCAAAAAAUGGGCUUUAAGCUUAGCCGAACGCCCUCAAAGUUUUACUUUCAUGGCAUACUUGGUAUAUUGGACUUGAAUACAAUGGACAUAUCGAAGAAAAAAGUUGUUCUGUUUCUGUUUGGCUAAAAUUAUUAGUAAUUCUUUUGGAGGAAAGUAGUAGGUCCCACAUAAUAAAUGGGUAGUAGUUAUAAAUGUGUCAUUAAAAAUGAUAUUUGACUUUGAUGGAAUAGGAAAAACAUUGUUUUAGCUUUCCCAAAACAAGCUUUGAAGCUAAUAAAAGUUGGACACUAUCAUUGUUCUGAAAUGAAUUUUCUUACCUUGAGGCAGAUUUCUUCUCUUUUUGUCAAGAAAUUGUCAUAUUGUUAUGACAAUUUCUGACAAAGAUUGUGAGGACAAGCAACUCAAUGAUUUAUGAUUUCAAGUGAACCCAUCUUUGCAAGUCACAGAUAACUCCAGGGCAGCGUAAAUAAGCCAUGAAGAUCCUGUUAGCACCACAACUUUGGGUAGAAUUAUUGUCAAUGAAAGUAUUUUUGAGAAGAGAUAUAAUGAAAAAGCACUAUUUAUUUGGCAAUAUUCUAACUUGGACAGAGCUAGAAAAUUAUUUCCGUGCGGGCAGAUUGUCAGUCGCCAGUUGGAGUCGGUGGUAAGGGUGGGCAUGACCACAUUGAUCGAUUUUAGGCCCAAUCCAAAACCAAAAUACCAAGUUGGAUUGGUUAAAUUUCACUGGAAUAAUAAAGCCCCUUGUACACCAAACUCUUACAACUCGGUGUACACUCCUCUCAUGUGAGAGGAGGGGCCCACGUCCAAUUAAUGCCCUGGCCCCUCCCCCAUGUGAGGGGGCUUUACUCGGAGCUAUAAAGUGUAGCAUUGUUGUCAUUGGAAUGUCAAUUUUUUGGUUGAGUCAGUGAAGACUAGAGGGGUGUGCAAUUGAACAAUUGGGAAGUUGAGAAGUUGGGAUAACGUGUAGCAUUGUUGUCACUGGACAUGGUUUCAAUCAAAAUAACUUAGAAGACUUGGACCUAAUGGGUUGGAUUAUAGUUAAGUUAUUGGCAAAGUAUUAAUUUUUUUAAAAAGCAAUAUUGGAUGGUUUAUAUAUAUAUAUAUUUAUAUAUAUAUGGGGCUAAAAUCUAAAUAUAUUAACUGUUAUCAUUAAUAACGUAAUUAAUACAUUAUAAGCAAAUCACGGUAAAUAAGAAGCGGAAUCACAAUUAGUAAAACUGGAACCUAAACCACCAAAUUUACAAAAUUUGAAAUCAAAAGAAGAAAUCUUGUAUGCUACAAGAACAAAUAUUACAUCAGCUAGCUUUUGUUCAGGACUUUAUAUAUUUUCUUCUCCAUAUCUGUAAAUAAUCAACACAAAUCUACAUGUUGUAAUUUUUAACUUUGAUUCAAUUAGUUCAUAUUUUAUUUGAUUAUUCAGUAAUAAUUGAUAUAUUUAAUGAUUAUUUAGUCGAAGAAGAGCAAUUAUAUGCUAACUUCUCACGAUAACGACUAAUUAAUGUCUUUUUUUAACUACUCAAAUCAUGAUGUUUUAUAAUUAUGAAUUUGAUUGAUUGAAUUA